UCUCUCUCUCUUUCAGAAACUGCCCAGAGGAAAAUGACAGCAGGAAAUCAUUCCCCAGUGACUGAGUUCAUCCUCGCUGGGCUGACGAAAUGCCCUGAACUCCAGCUGCCCCUCUUCCUCCUCUUCCUGGGAAUCUAUGUGGUCACAGUGGUGGGGAACCUGGGUAUGAUCACACUGAUUGGGCUCAGUCCUCCCCUGCACACCCCCAUGUACUAUUUCCUCAGCAGCUUGUCCUUCAUUGAUCUCUGUCAUUCCACUGUCAUGUCCCCCAAAAUGCUGGUGCACUUUUUGAGAGAGAACACCAUCUCCUACCCAGAAUGCAUGGCUCAGCUCUAUUUCUUUCUGGUUUUUGCUAUUGCAGAGUGUUACAUGUUGGCUGCAAUGGCAUAUGACCGCUAUGUUGCCAUCUGUAAUCCUUUGCUUUAUAAUGUCAUCAUGUCCUAUCAGGCCUGUAGCUGCCUGAUUCUGGGGGUUUGUAUUAUAGCCCUGGUUUGUGCAUCAGCUCAUACAGGCUGCAUGUUCAGAAUUCAUUUCUGCAAAUGUGAUGUGAUCAACCACUAUUUCUGUGAUCUUCUUUCCCUCUUAAAGCUCUCCUGCUCUAGUACCUAUGUCAAAGAAUUACUGAUUCUAAUAUUUAGUGCAUUUAACAUCCCUGUCCCUAGCCUAACCAUCAUCAGCUCUUACAUCUUCAUCAUUGCCAGCAUCCUCCGCAUUCGCUCCACUGAGGGCAGGUCCAAAGCCUUCAGCACAUGCACCUCCCAUGUUGCAGCUGUUGCUGUCUUCUUUGGCUCUGCAGCAUUCAUGUACCUGCAGCCGUCAUCAGUCAGCCUCAAGGACCAAGGAAAAGUGUCUUCUGUGUUUUACACUAUCAUUGUGCCUAUGGUGAACCCCCUGAUCUACAGCCUGAGGAACAGAGAUGUCAAUGUUGCUCUGAAGAAAAUGCUAGAGAAGAACAUUCUCCUGGAGAACAAUAAUGUGAGGAUUAUUUUAUCAGAUCUAAAUCUUUGGCUAUUCCAUUGUAUGAGUUGA